ACCAGAAGUUGAAACAAUCCUUUAAACAUUCAAAAUUGAAUUAUAAAAUACAUAUAAUAUAAUUAAAGAAAAGUAUUUUAUUUUGAAUGAAAGAAGGAAACGUUUUUUGUAAUAAAGAACCAAGGAAAAGUAUUUGGACCUACGAUGAAUGGGGUCAGUUUCUAGGACCAAGUUCAUGGAAAAUAUCUAGCAAUGAAGUUUGAAAGUACGAAACCGGAAGUUCAAACAAACCUUCAAAAAUUCAAAAUUCAAUUAAAUUAUAUAUAAUUGGCUAGUUUAGACAUUGUUCUUUCUCACAAAACAGAGAGAAAGAAAUGGUUCCAUGGAAUUCAUUUGCACUAGAAAUAAUCUAUCAAGUAUUUGGUUGGUUAGCAUUUCUUUCAUGGUCUCUUGCUGGUUAUCCUCAACUCAUUUCCAAUUUUCGUAGAAAAAGUGUGGUUGGUUUAAGCUUAGAUUUUACAAUCUUGAACUUCACAAAGUUCUGGUCAUAUCUCAUUUACAAUGCUUCCCUCUUCUUUAGCCCUGUCAUUCAGAAACAAUACUUUGAGAAAUAUGGAUAUGGACAGAUGAUUCCUGUAGCUGCUAAUGAUGUUGCUUUCUCUACUCAUGCAGUUAUAAUCAAUUUGAUUGUAUUGUUUCAAUUUGCAAUUUAUGGAAAGGGAAGCCUGAAGUUAUCCAAGUAUACAAUUGCAAUAUUUGUUGGUGUGUGGUUCAUUGCUGCUGUUUGUUUUUUCAUAGCAUUGCCUACCAAAUCUUGGCUUUGGCUUAUCUCCAUUUUCAAUUCAAUUCAAGUGUUCAUGACCCUCAUCAAAUACUUUCCCCAGGCAUUAAUGAACUUCAUGAGAAAGAGCACAGAUGGAUUUAGCAUUGGCAGUAUUCUGCUUGAUUUUUCAGGAGGUGUCUUAAAUUAUUCACAAAUGGUUGUGCAAUCCAUAGGUCAAGAUUCAUGGAUGAAUUUCUAUGGUAACAUUGGUAAAGUAAUGAUAUCCUUGGUAUCUAUAGUCUAUGAUACAAUUUUAAUGUGUCAACAUUAUGUACUCUAUCCUCACAAGAAAGUGCUUACUACUUCUGAAAAUUCUGAAGAAAUCAAGAAACCAUUGAUUAGUUCAAGUCCAAUAGAUGAACAAAUUAAUGAUUCUGUAUGAAUCUUAUCAUUCUUUUGUAGAAGUUGGUGGUUCUUUGAGUAUAUAUUGUGUAAAACCAAAAUCGAUCAAUUCAUGUAUGAUAUAAAAAUGCUUGUUUGAAUACUACUGUAAAAUAUGACC